GCCGCCGAUGGCGAUGGCCGCCGCGGGUCUCUGAGGAAUCUUGGAGGCCCGGAAUCGGGGCUGGAGGUCGAGAGUAGUCUGCCAGCCGCCUGUCGGGAGCGGCAGGGCGUGGGAGGGUGUCUUCCUGCUCCGAGCCGCCACAGACAGCGCGGCGGUGGCUGAGAUUCCUCCUGCUGAAGAGAGGAAAUCUCAUUCAAGGCCACAAUGUCACUUCCCGAUUAUCCAAGUGGUGCCUACUUAAGCUAACACUGCCAGAAUCCUGCUUGUUUGGGAGGAAUUAAGCUGACUUGGCAUGAGGUUCCUGCCUUCCUGGGGUUGAGAGAAGCACAAUUAUGGCUUCUCUUGAUGACCCAGGGGAAGUGAGGGAAGGCUUCCUGUGCCCUUUGUGCCUGAAGGACCUUCAGUCUUUCUAUCAACUUCAGUCACAUUAUGAGGAAGAACACUCAGAAGAUCGUGAUGUCAAAGGGCAAAUUAAAAAUCUUGUCCAAAAGGCCAGGAAAGCAAAGAACAAGUUGUUGAAACGAGAAGGGGAUGAUCGAGUGGAACCAGGGACCCAAGGAUAUGAAUCAUUCAGCUAUGGAGGGGUUGAUCCCUACAUGUGGGAACCCCAGGAGCUUGGUGCUGUGAGAAGCCAUCUUUCUGACUUCAAAAAACAUCGUGCUGCAAGAAUUGAUCACUAUGUUGUUGAAGUCAAUAAAUUGAUAAUCAGGUUGGAGAAGCUCACUGCAUUUGACAGAACAAACACUGAGACUUCGAAGAUUAGAGCAAUAGAAAAGUCCGUGGUGCCUUGGGUCAAUGACCAGGAUGUUCCAUUUUGUCCAGACUGUGGGAAUAAGUUCAGCAUUCGGAACCGCCGUCACCACUGCCGUCUCUGUGGGUCUAUCAUGUGCAAGAAAUGUAUGGAGCUCAUUGGCCUGCCCUUGGCAAAUAAGCUCACCAGUGCCAGCAAGGACUCCCUGAGCACCCACACCAGCCCCAGCCAGUCACCUAACAGUGUCCACGGCUCCCGUCGGGGCAGCGUCAGUAGCAUGAGCAGUGUCAGCUCAGUCCUGGACGAGAAGGAUGAUGACCGCAUCCGCUGCUGCACACACUGCAAGGGCACUCUGCUCAAGAGAGAGCAGCAGAUGGACGAGAAGGAGCACACACCUGACAUCGUGAGGCUCUACGAGAAACUGCGACUUUGCAUGGAGAAAGUUGACCAGAAAGCUCCUGAAUAUAUCAGGAUGGCAGCAUCAUUAAAUGCUGGGGAGACAACCUACAGUCUGGAGCAUGCCAAUGACCUUCGAGUGGAAGUGCAGAAAGUGUAUGAGCUAAUAGAUGCUUUAAGUAAGAAGAUUUUAACCUUGGGCUUGAACCAAGACUCUUCACCACAUCCAAACACUUUGAGGCUACAGAGAAUGAUCAGAUACUCAGCUACACUAUUUGUGCAGGAGAAGUUACUGGGUUUGAUGUCACUGCCAACCAAAGAACAGUUUGAAGAACUGAAAAACAAAAGGAAGCAGGACCUGGAACAGAAGAGGACCAUGGAAAGACAGGCUGCUCUGGAGUCCCAGCGGAAGCUUGAAGAAAGGCAGAGUGGUUUGGCAUCUCGUGCAGCGAAUGGUGAAGUGAGGUCUCUGCGAGGCAUCCCUGCUCCCUUGCGAAAGGCUGAGGGCUGGCUCCCAUUGUCGGAAGGUCAGGGGCAGAGUGAGGACCCUGACCCUCUCCUCCAGCAGAUCUUCAACAUUACAUCCUUCAUCAGACAGGCCAAAGCUGCAGGCCGCACAGAUGAGCUGUGCAUACUUCAAGAGAACCUGCGGCAGCUGCAGGACGAAUAUGACCAGCAGCAGACUGAGAAGGCCAUUGAGCUGUCCCGGAGGCAGGCUGAGGAGGAGGAACUGCAGCGGGAGCAGCUGCAGAUGCUCCGAAAGCGGGAACUAGACCGAGAACAGGAACAGUUCCUGGCAGCAUCCCUGCACACACGGACUCGUGCUCUAGAGCUCCGAGAAGUCAUACCCUUCCAUCUGGAGCCUAGCCGAGGGCCUUAUACUGAUCUUGCCUAUUCCUUGAAUCGGGACUCUUCCCCAGUUCAGAGCAGCACAGCUCCCAAUACCCUUUCACCUGGCUCAGCUCUAGCACUUGUCCACUUGUCUGGGCCCCCAGCCCUUGGCCAGGACUUAUUCCUCCAGAGCACCAUGUCACAGCACAGUGAUAAGACCUCUUUCAAUCCGUUUGAUGAAGAAGACCUCUCCAGCCCUACAGAGGAUGCUGCCAGCCCUGCUGUUGCAGAGGCUGUCCAGGGCCCUCCGGCUACUGUCACCAGAGAAUAUAAUCCUUUUGACGAAGAUGCUGAAGAAGAGGAGGUGGCAGAUUUGGGGGCAGGGAAUCCCUUUACUGACCCAGACAGUCCAGCACUCAACCCCUUUGAUGAGGAUGACCAUCCCAGGCCUGCUAGCCCACCUGCCCCUGGAAACCCUUUUGAAGAGUGCCCCUGCACCAACCCCUUCGAGGUGGACAGUGAUAGUGGCAUGGAGGCUGAGGAGCACAUCGAGGAGGAGCUGCUCCUGCAGCAGAUUGAUAACAUCAAGGCUUACAUCUUUGACGCCAAGCAGUGCGGUCGAAUGGAUGAGGUUGAGGUGCUGACGGAGAACCUCCGGGAGCUGAAGUGCACCCUGGCUAAGCAGAAGGGGGCCCCUAAUUGACAGCAGUAGGCAGGGGCCAGAGUCUUGGGCAGCAGGGUACCAAGGAAGAAGGGGAGAUGGUGGGCAUCUGGAUGCACAUAGGUGAGGGGUGGAAACAGUAGUAUCUUGCUGUGCACUUUGAGGCAUUUCCACUACAGCUGAAUAAGAACAGGAAAAAAAAAAUCAGCAUUCACUUGCUGGUUUUUCUGUAUUAUUUUUUUAAUGAAAUGUUCUCUUUUCAGGGAACUUUACCAUUUUAUUUCUGAGAUAAAGCUCAGUGCAGCUCUGUUGGGCCAAGGAAGAAAUGGCUCCUCGGCACCUCUCAAGGGUCUAUUUUCUGCUGACUGUUCCUGGUCAGUAUGCAGUAUUAUAGGGCAGCCCUUGACAGGCCCCUUCCUGUAGCCAAGGCAGGCAGGAGCUCUGGCAGAAAUCUGUUCAGAUUUGGCUGCUUCCUUUCACCACUUCCCUCCUUGGGCUGUCUCCUGGAUACGUAGGGAGAUGCUGCUGUUAAGGGAAAACUCUGGACCCAAGGAGGACCAGUGCCACUUUUUAUGGAUGGGGAAUGUUGCCAGUGCUGCCCCCUCCCGGUUGAAGAAAGUGAAGCUCCCAGGUGUUGGGACACUGGUGUCAGUGUGAGAGUGAUUAUGAAAUAGGAAUGGUCAACUUUUGGUGAGUGUUAUAGUUUGGGAGAAGUUUCUACCUGAGCAGUAGUCUGUUCUCUGGAAACCUCCUUCCAGGGCUUUAGCAGAAUGACCACUCCAUAGGUCACAUUCAUGGGCCUGUGGUGUGAUUUGGGAAUUGUAACCAGGAAGCAUCUGAGUCAGGAGAUAAAUUUUAGUAACUUCCAAGGCUCUCUAGUCAGCCUUCUUCCCUGUGGUUCAUCCUGACAUGGGAAACUGGUAAGAUUUUUUUUUUUUUUUUUUUUCUACUUUGAGUACUGAGAAACAGAAAUAUUUGAGGCAUGGCCUCAGAUCAUUCCAUAGCCCUGAAGUACUUGAACUCUGAGGAAAACAGAAAGGGAACUUACAUAACUUAGUACUUUGGUUUACAGAAACAGAUCAAUUGACAAAUGACAUUGUAAGAUCUGGGUGUGUUCAGCUAUGGGUUAUUUCUUCAAUGAUACUCUUUAGUUAAUAGACAAGAAUUGACCACUAGGCCUCCCCCCCCCCCCACCAGGGUUUUUCUGUGUAGCUUUGGCUGUCCUGUACUUGCUUUGUAGACCAGGCUGGCCUUGAAUUCACAGCGAUCCACCUGCCCCUGCCUCCCCAAGUGCUGGGAUUACAGGCAUGUGCUACAGAGCCCGGCUGACCACUAGUCACUUUACCCGUUAGCUAACUCUGGGCCAUGGCUUCUGUUGGUUACUGGUGUGUAAGCUGAACUUCUUUCGUCACAUUCUGGUGAAGAUCUAUCUUGGUGGUAAGAAUGACAUCUGGGUGCAAAGACCUAUUUGGCAGCUGUAAUCCCAAUUCAUUAGUACCUGUUGGGGCCUUGGCUAGAUAGAAAGUCCUGUAUGGGGCUAUGGGAAGGGUUGGAAAGGAAGGGUAAUGGAGGACACUUUGGGUUUUGUUGACAGAUGUUUACUGGCCUAUGAGUAGAUUACCAGUGCCAGUUAGUUGCCAGCUCUGUUGGUGUCAUGGGCUGUUCUGGGAGGUAGGUAGCCUGGCAUUCAUGUUACCUGGAACAGGCCUCUUCUCUUCCUAAGGCCAAGGCUCUAGAUGCUGUUACUCUAAGGUUCCAGGCAUGCCCAGCAUACCCACCCAACUUGGUCUGCUUUUGUCUAAAGGAAGAGGCGGCAGCUGUCUACACAAAAUCAGGUUGAAUACUGGUUUCCACCAUCACUUUUCCUGACAUAGAUCAGGUGUCCAGGGUGAUAUCACUGUAGACAUUACCUUUCUUAUGAGACCAGGCUUCUCAAUUAGCUAGUGACUUACUAAAUGUAUGCCUUUCCUGAACUCACCCCCAGGCAUCAGUCUGUGACUGAGGCCAUGGAGAAAACAAAUGCUUUUAAAUGCUUUUAACUAUUUUUUAAAUCUCAAGUCACUGAAUAUUAAACCAAGUAAACCCAGAUCCCAGAGGUUUUACUGGUUUCUCAUUGAAUUCCUCUUCGGCCAUGUUCUGCUAGUCAGACUUGGCAAGAGAGACUUGUCUACCCAAUGGCUGUAUCACUUCCCAGAAUUCAUGCAGGUCAGGGUUGGUUUGCAGAGGGUGUUGGCCUGUGAGUGUAACCACAAUGCCAGGUUCUUACCUCAGGUGAAUAAUUCAUGAUUCCUGAGGUCUUUCAGGGAAAUUAGCUCUACCUUAUCAGUGAAGGAGCAUGUCCUUGAUAGGGUAUUGGCAGAUUCCCUAGACAUAGGUCCUGUUCAUAUGUGGAAGGACCUCUGGCUUAGUCCCCUUCUAACACUAAGGAACUAGAGCCUCACUCACUGCACUUAACUAUUCAUCAUGUCUUUAUUGUCAGAUGCUAAAAUCUGUUUCUAAGUCAUCAUGAGCCAUGUUGCAUAGCUCUGCCAUGUGAUUGAAAUUGUGGAAUUGGUCUCUGUACUAGGUCAGACUAGAGGAGCACUGUGUUCUGGUAAUCAUGGUGACUGUCACCUAGAUGGUCAUUGACACGCAUGCACUACAUUCGGGCCUUGUAUCAGUGGCUUUUAUUAAAAAAAUAAAAUACCAUUUAUGUGAGGCUUUUAUUA